AUCGAUUCAAUCUACUAUCACUUCGGUUCCUCAUCAGGUGUGAGGUCAUGAACCCAUUGGUGAUCGUUAAUUUUGAAAGGUUACUUGAGCAAAAUUUUCAUACAAGAUUUAUGUCUAUAUACCAUGUCCUCAUGUCAAUGCAGGUAAACCCUUCUUCGUAUUCUCCUGCUCGUGUUUGUAGCCCAGACUACGAUAAUUCUUCUGUCCAGUUUGAUUUGUCUAUGCAGCAGGAAAUUCGUGGAAUCCCGGAUCCGCAUCGUCCACUUCUGAUUCCAAGAAUUUUCGAAGCUAAAUAUAGACACGUCGAUGCUGAUAAAAUGUACUUUACUGAUGGAUCACUUAUAGAGGAAUCAACAGGAUUUGGAGUGUUCAACGAAAUAUCUAGCGCCUCUUACAGCCUCGAGUCACCAUGCUCUGUGUAUAUAGCAGAGUUAGCAGCAAUUCAUUGGGCUUUGGACAGUAUCGCUUCAAGGCCAGUCGGGCACUACUUUAUUGUAACGGAUAGUCUGAGUUCUGUUCAAGCAAUUCACUCAAUAAAACCGGGAAAGCACUCGCCAUACUUCUUCGAGAAGAUACGGGAUAGUUUGAGUGCUUUAUCAAAACGUCGCUUUACCAUCACCUUUGUUUGGGUUCCCUCCCAUUGUUCGAUAGAGGGUAAUGAGAAGGCAGACUCUCUGGCAAAGGUGGGGGCGAUGGAAGGUGACACGUAUCAGCGUGAAAUCGCCUUCAACGAAUUUUACUUUUUAGUUCGAAGAAACUCUCUUGUCAACUGGCAACGCAAAUGGGACGAGGAUGAGGAUGGUCGGUGGCUGCACUCGAUUAUCCCAAGGGUAAGCCUUAAACCAUGGUUUAAUAGAUUGGACCUGAGUCGGGAUUUUAUUCGUAUAUUUUCCCGUCUCAUGUCCAAUCAUUGUUCCUUAGACGCGGUACUCUAUCGUUUUGAUAUUGCUGGCAGCAAUUUGUGUAGUUGCGGCCAAGGUUACCACGACAUCGAGCAUAUUGUUUGGUCGUGCGAGGUCCAUCUUGUCGCUAGAACGAAUUUCAUAGACUCCCUUCGGGCCCGAGGAAAACCACCCUAUGUUCCAGUGAGAGAUGUGCUGGCAGUGAUAGACUUGGACUACAUGUUCGAAAUAUAUCUUUUCCUUAAAGCUAUUGAUCUUCGUCUAUAAUUCUUUUUAUUUUCAUAUUUCCCUAUCUAUUUUCUUUUCUUUAAAAAAAAAAGUGAACUAGAAGUAAGCAAACUAUUGUAAAAAAAAAACAAAAAGAGUUUGGCUCCUUAAAGCCUAAAGGUAUGAGCCGUUUCAAAUAAAGAAUUAACAAAAAAAAAAAAAAAACAGUUAUGGUGGCCUAGUGCUGCUGCAACAACAACAUCCAGGCGGUUUUCAUCGCAUUCCCAACAGGAGAUUGCAAAAGCGCGGAGCAAUUAUGCAGCUCAAUUUAUUUAAUUUAACUUUCUUUCGAAAAGCUCUGUUUUCCGGAGUUAUCAAACAUUCUACAAACUCCGGGUGGCCUGAUCCAGGAAGAACGAUUGGCCAAAGGAUAACAACUGUGGUAGUGGUCCGGGGAAUUAAAGUUAAGUGUGGUACCUAACAUGUGAAAAUAAAAAUGGAGUGCAACAAGCGGAUAGUUGUGAAGAACAUGAUAAGGAAAAGUGGAGAAAAUGUGUA